UGCGGGGGCCCCGCCAUGCCAGAAGAGGGGCACAGCGUGCAGCCACCGCCCCAGACCAUGGCGGAGACCCCGCCCCGCCGCGACGCGGGGAUUCCUUAGGGCGGGGCCUCCUCCUCCGGCCACAGACGUCUGCCCCGUGGCCCCGCCCCUAUAUAAGGGUCGGUCCGAGCUGGGCUCUGGCAGCUUGGCCGUACCUCUCCGGCAGCCGACCCGCGGAGCCGCCGCCAUGGCAGACCAGUCUUUUGUGACUCUAGCCACAAAUGACUCCUAUGUGAAAGGAGCACUGGUACUUGGCUCAUCUUUGCAACAGUACAGAACAACAAGGAAGCUGACUGCACUCAUAACUCCUCAGGUCUCAGAUCUUAUGAGGAGAGUACUGGAAAAAGUCUUUGAUGAAGUCAUAUUGGUAAAUGUCUUGGAUAGCGGGGACUCGGCACACUUGGCAUUAAUGAAAAGACCUGAGCUGGGUGUCACCCUAACAAAGCUUCACUGCUGGGCACUGACGCAGUUUUCAAAAUGUGUUUUCAUGGAUGCAGACACAAUGGUUUUGUCAAAUAUUGAUGAGCUUUUUGAGAGAGAAGAGCUAUCUGCAGCACCAGAUCCAGGCUGGCCUGACUGUUUCAAUUCUGGAGUCUUUGUUUACCGACCUUCCAUUGAAACAUACAAUCAGCUGUUACAGUUUGCCACAGAGAAAGGCAGCUUUGAUGGUGCAGAUCAGGGGUUAUUAAACACCUUCUUCAGCAGCUGGGCAACAACAGACAUGAGCAAACAUCUACCAUUUAUUUAUAAUUUGAGCAGCACUUCAGUAUAUUCCUACCUUCCAGCAUUUAAAGCGUUUGGUGCAAAUACUAAAGUGGUGCAUUUCCUGGGAAGCACAAAGCCAUGGAACUAUACAUAUGACUCCAGAACAAAAAGCAUAAAAGGCAACAUGGAUGACCCUAAAAUAGUUCACCCAGAAUUCCUCAACAUGUGGUGGAAUACCUAUACAGCUGAUGUUUUACCAUUACUAGAACAGCAUGGAAUUGUUGAAGACAUUACUACCGGUGUAAACAUGCUAUCGGGCUUGGUCUAUACUCUGGCUUUCUCUUGUGGCUUCUGUAGAGAGACAGAGGUUACAGAGGCAGUGUCCCACAUAUCAAUAUCGGCACCAUCACCAGUAUUACCAACUAUAUCUUCAGAAGAACGCAAAGAACGGUGGGAACAGGGCCAAGCUGACUAUAUGGGAGUGGAUUCCUUUGACAACAUCAAGAAGAAACUUGAUACCUAUCUUCAGUAGAAAUGCCUGUCAAAACAGUGGUGAUGCAAGGACUUGUUCCAGAACUAACAGCUAGAAAGGUGUAGAUGGUGGUCAGUUACACUUGCUAGUAGCUUGAUGAAAAACUUCUUGGCUGAAGGCCUCUGCAGUGCUACCGAUGAAGACUGAGCAAAAGCCAGGAAGCAGAAUUCCUUGGGCCACCUAUUACUGCCCACUUUCCAAUUCCCCCUACUAGAUAACACCAGGUAUUUUCAGCUUAAAUUCUGUUCUGUUGUGAUCAAUUGGCUCAACAUACUUGUUGAAACUGGGUUUAUUACCUCACCUUAUUAAGGUGAUAAUUAGCAUUGAUUCCCUUUGUUUGCUGUUUUAGAUGUAAAAUCUAAUUCAUGGGAUUGCUCAUACACUAGGAGUGGUAGCCAUUCUGCUUUACCAUAAAUGUAUUUAUGACACUGUGAUGCAUACAGAUGUAACAGUAAUAGCACUGCUUUGCUCUUCCAGUCACAAUUGCACUGAAGUUUUGACCAGGUUCUUACGCACAGUGCCUAAAGCAUGGCAGGAAUGCAUUUUUUUGGUUCUGUAUACUACGGGACUAGUAUAAACUGAGUUUUAUCUGUUACUCGCAAUGUUGCACUUGAUGCAAAAAUAAAAGCUGUCAUGCA